GUGUUGAUGUUUAAUUGUUAAAAUAAGUUAAAAAUGGAUCAGAACAAGACAGUAAGUCGAAAUAGAUUAAUUAUUGACUUUUAAAAUUAAAAUUAUGUACAAUUAUAUUUAUGUAAAAACAAAAAGAAUGUCCAUUCUGGGCACCAAAAAUUGUUAGCUGGGCAUAUCGUAGACCCUCAAUGUAACAAUUACACGUACACCUUUAUUUAUUAGAAACUUAAUUAAAAUCGUGUGAUGUUUCUGAAAUCCUCGUGAUGGAUGUUGAUUGUGUUGUGACUCCAGUAACUCCAGUACAGCAGGGGGCGCUAUGAAGCUCUUUAGUCCGCCGGUAAACUCACUAAACAAAGACAGAAGAACUCACAGUUUGUUUAGAUGUUCAGCUGCUGUGUGUUUGUUUAUGUCUUUCAUGUUGUGAUAUUUAUGUGAUCUUGAGAUGUUGAAGAUGAGUUUGCAGGUGGAUCUGAUGUGCUGUAAAUCAGUAGGAACUGAUCUGUCCAUGCUGGAUAUUGAUGAUUUCAUGACAGAAAUCUCUCAGCUGAAGAAAGAGGUGGCGUUACUGGAGGCAAAGCUGAGGGAAAGAGGAGAUCCACUGAACGGAGAGGAGCUGGAGAAGGUUUCCUGUCAAUCUUCAGUGUGUGUGACUGAUGGGACCUCCACAGAAUGUCAGGAUUCAGUGUGGAGCGUCAGAGAUCAGAGAUCCAGAGACACACAGGACUCAGAGCUCAGCCUCACUUUACUCUGUUAUACUGACGCUCAGGAGAGUGUGUGUGACAGUAAUCAGGGUGAUCAAACCUCCACAGAGUCUCUGGCUUCUGUCUGUAACGCUGGAGAACAGCAGAUGCUGCAGAUACCAUUGAAGAUGUGUUCAGUGAAGCUGCUGGACUGCAGGAACCUGAUGGAGAUGAGAGGAGAAACCACAGCAGAGGAACAGCAGAGUGAUGAAGAUGAUUUUAUUCAACAUGAUAAAGAUGAAGAUGAUAAUGAUUUUCUUCCUUCAGAUGCAAAAAGCGGUUCAUCUUCAGAUGGAGAAACGGCUUCAACAUCAAAAGCAAGACAUGAGAGAAGCUUUUCUACCUCAGAAAAGAGGAACCUUCAUUCAAGAGUGCACAGAGUAAAGAAGGAGUUCCACUGUGAGCAGUGCGGGAAGGUGUUCUCUGAUUCCUCAAAUAUGAGGGCUCACAGGAAGAUACACAGCGACGAAAAGCCUUUUCAAUGCAGUGAGUGUGACAAGUGCUUCAGAACUAAAAAAGAUCUUGUUCUUCAUUGGAGAACACACACAGGGGAGAAACCAUUCAAGUGUCCUCAUUGUGAGGUGAGAUUCAGACACAGACACCAUGUGAAGGAACACUGUGUCCGUUUGCACACCAGUGAGAGUCUGUAUCAGUGCAGUGAAUGUGGGAAAACCUUUGUACAACUAGAUUCUUUAAAGUCACAUCAGAAAAUACACUCACAACCCCAUCAAUGCUCACACUGUGAUAAACAGUUUAGUAACAAUUCUCGUCUGGUACUCCAUGAAAGAACACACUCUGGAGAGAAACCUUACCUCUGCUCUCACUGUGGAAAGAGCUUUGCUAAUUCACGUCAAUUCGGAGUUCAUGUAAGAGUGCACACGGGAGUAAAGCCUUAUAACUGCAGUGUUUGUGGGAAGAGUUUCAGUCAAUAUGGUCACUUAUCAAAGCACCAGAAAACGCAUACUGGAGAAAAACCUUACAAAUGCACUCAGUGUGACAAAGCAUUUUCUCGAUCAGAUGUCCUGAAAGCCCAUCAGAGGGUGCACACAGGAGAGAAACCUUACCACUGCUGUAUCUGCAGGAAGGAAUUUGUACAUUUAGCAAGUUUUCAUGCUCAUAAGAAGAUACAUACUAAAGACCAACCAGCUCUUGAAUCCCCUAGCAUCUUUUCAUGCCUCAGUCUGUGAAAAACCCUUUGUUCCUUUGGUCAGACGCUUCUACACUAUCUGGCCAGUGCGUGCCAGGGCUAUCAACUGACCAGGUGGGGCCAAUAGCCUCGGACCUUGAGCUUCAAGACCAAAAUUGAUAUGCAUUCCCACCAUCGGGCCAAUAAAUCUACAACAUUGCCCAAAAACCCACCCUUAAUACGCAGUUUGGGGUGGUGGUGGCGUAGUGGGCUAAAGCGCAUAACUGUUAAUCAGAAGGUCGCUGGUUCGAUCCCCAGCCACCACCAUUGUGUCCUUGAGGAAGGCACUUAACUCCAGGUUGCUCCGGGGGGAUUGUCCUUGUAAUAAGGGCUUUGUAAGUCGCUUUGGAUAAAAGUGUCUGCCAAAUGCAUAAAUGUAAAUGUGCAGCUGCAUUUCCUUGAACUUGAACUUGAACUUGAACUAUUUCCAAUGUCACACACACCGCCCAUUUCACAAGCAAGAGGGAAUCUCAAGCUGAGGUAUCAGGUUUUCUAGUUAUCUAGAAUAUUGAAUUUCUAUUGUAUGUAAACAUUAGCUAGCCAGCUAGCUAGAUAAGUUGGUGUUGACAACAAACUACCGUAACUGCCAUGGUGUCCCGUGUGGUCUCUCCACUAACAGUGGUACGAUGUCCCAGGACACCAUUUAUGAAAGUUCACCGAACCAUGGAAAGUAAUUUCUUUGGUCACCGCUUUGUCCGUUGGCCAUUUUAACGGAUUUGUACUGUGCCCACAUUAUUUUUCCCCCAGAACCUGAACCUCUGUACGCUGGAUGCGCAAUCUGGGAAGUUCAGUGAAACUCCGCCUAUGACAUUGAAUCCCCGGUUAGCCUCGUUUGGCCCAAGGUUAAACGGCGGUUCAAGUCAACCUUUAUUUAUAGAGCACAUUUAAAAACAAUAGAAGUUGACCCAAGUGCUUUACAGAUCAAACAAAUGAAUAAAUAAUGACAGAGUGAUAUAAAACAGAUUACACAUUUGGCAGACGCUUUUAUCCAAAGUGACUUACAGUGCACUUGUUACAGGGACAAUCCCCCCGGAGCAACCUGGAGUUAAGUGUCUUACUCAAGGACACAAUGGUGGUGACUGUGGGGAUCAAACCAGCGACCUUCUGAUUACCAAUUAUGUGCUUAGACCACUACUCCACCACCACUCCACUCCACCUGAAAUCAGAUUGAUUUCAAAUUAAAUAUAAAACAUUAAAUAAAAACCUUUAAAUCCAGCAUCCAUUUCAAACUAUUCAAUGAUUAUUCAAAAGCUACAGAGUAAAAAUAUGUUUUUAAAGAAGAUUUCAAAAUGGCUAGUGAUGAAGCUGACCUCACAUGGAUCGGGAGAAUAUUCCAGAGAUUAGGACCAUCACAGAAAACACUCGGUCACCCUUUGAUCUAUAGCGGCAACGAGGAACCCUCAAUAGAAGUUGAUCAGAAGGUCUAAGUGCUCUGGUGGGGGACGAGAAGGUCACUGAUAUAUCGGGGUGCGAGACCAGAUUGGAGACAUAAAUCAGAAUAUUUAAAUCAACCCUGAAUUUCACUGGGAGCCAGUGUAGAGACGCUAAAACCGGGGAAGUGUGAUCCCUCUUUCUUGACCCUGUUAAAAGUCUAGCUGCUGCGAUUGAACCAGCUGUAGGUGGGAUGACGCAGUUUGGGGGAAACUAAUGUACAAUGAGUUGCAAUAGUGUAAACUUGAAGAAGUGAGUGGAUCACAUUUCCAAGUCUUUAUGGGAAGGAAAGUGUUUUAUUUUAGCAUUCGAUUAGGAUAAAAAAAAAGCUACCCUUGACAACAGCACUGAUCUUCUUAGGUCAUUGGGGAAAUCUGAAAGCCCUGAGGAAGCACGAUGGAGCCCCAGAAGUGACAGUGGGAACGCAACUGGCCCUGGCAUGCACUAGCCCGAUAGUGGAAACGUGGCAAAUUUUGUAGCAUAUAUGACUAAUCUGUUUAGCUGUUUGUACAGAAAACUAGUGUUUCCUACUGAAAAGUAAACUAAGUGUACCUUGUUUGUAAUGCGUAUGAUGUAGUAUCUUUGAACGCCUAGAUGGCGUUGUCAGUGUAGUAAUUUUGAGAACAAUGCUGAAAUUUGAACCAUUUAACUAGGGCUGGGCGAUAAAACGAUAUCGAUAUUUAUUGAAAAAAUAAAUCCUUCAUAUCGAAGAUAAACGUUUUUGAGUCAUUUCCAAAAUUUUAGCCUAUGAUCUAAAUCUAGACGAUCUAGAUCAGUGGAUCUCAAGCCUGUUCCUGGAGCCCCCCCAAUGCUGCACAUUUGGUAUAUCUCUUUUUCUGACAUACCCAAUUCAGGUCUUGGUGUCUCCAACGAGCUGAUGAGUUCAAUCUGGUGUUCGAUUAGGGAGAUACCCAAAAGUGUAGUGUUGGGGGGCCUCCAGGAACAGGCUUGAGAACUACUGAUCGAGAUGAUACACAAUGAUAGGGAGUGGUGGUGGUGGUGUAGUGGACUAAAGCACAUAACUGGUAAUCAGAAGGUCGCUGGUUUGAUCCCCACAGUCACCACCAUUGUGUCCUUGAGUAAGACACUUAACUCCAGGUUGCUCUGGGGGGAUUGUCCCUGUAAUAAGUGCUCUGUAUAUUUCAUUGGUAAUCAGAAGGUCGCUGGUUUGAUCCCCACAGUCACCACCAUUCUGUCCUUGAGUAAGACACUUAACUCCAGGUUGCUCCGGGGGGAUUGUCCCUGUAAUAAGGGCUCUGUAAGUCGCUUUGGAUAAAAGUGUCUGCCAAAUGUGUAAAUGUAAUGUAUUUGCUGGAAUGCUAGUGGCUACCGAGCCUCAUUACUGGUUUCCAUGAUUCAUAUACAUAGUUGUGUGUAUAACUUAGUCGAACUGCUCACGUUUUAGGGUCACAUACAGAUCAGGUUUGUGUCAAUAAAACACGAGCAGUUCGACUAAGUUAUACACAAAUAGCUAAGUGAAUCAUGUAAACCAGUAAUGAGGCUCGGUAGCCGCUAGCUAGUUGUCCAGCUAUUAUGAUAUCAUUGUGUAUCGGACAAGACAGCACUGACAAUCCAAUGCAGCUAUCGACUGAUCACAACAGCAACUCUGACAUCCGUCACCAGGAAGUCUUUCGGUGGAGACAAACGAUCACUCAAGACGAUGAAAUUGGCGAAAUUUAAUAAUGGAAAAAAAAAUGGUCACACACUUUAUGUGGGAUUAAAUCCUAAACUGAGUAUACCUCUUGAACUUCAAGCUAAAAUGUAGCUUUGGAAUUUACAAGUCAUGUUUACGUUCUUGAGGCCAAACAAACAUGUGGAAUGCAUUUUCUCCAUAAAUGGUAUGAAAUGUAUAUCAUAAUAAAUAUUGAUACUGAACGAUAUGAAAAUACAUUUUGUGAUUAUAUUGUUGGCUACAUCGCCCAGUCCUACGUAUAAUCUGGUUAUAGAAAGAACCUCUGUAUGUGGGAUAAAUGUUUUGAAACUGCAUUGAACUGAUUUGUUUUAUUUUGUACUUGCGUUUAGAAAAGAUCAUAUUUGUGUAUUAGAAUAGAUAACUAAAAUCUAAAUGUAAACAGCGAAUUAAACAUGUGGUAGACAUAAAUGUACAACAGAGAAAGGUGUAUGAGUGUGUUUUAGAGAAAGUGGCACAUUUCUCUUGGACAAGUUUAUAUGCACAAAAUAUACUCCUCAAUUUAUGAAUGUGUAAAAUAAAACCAUACAUGCUUGCACAUGGCAGUUACUUCCUAAUGGACAAUUAGUGCUUUGGUGUAGCUAGAUAUUUAAGUUUUAAUUGUCAUUUUUUUAUUUAUUGGUUGAAGACAAGAAUGUGAAAAGUUUCGAAAAAAUGGGAUUUGAAAUGGGAAAACUGUUAUGGUACUUAAAGCUGCGGCAUCAAACUGUUGGAAAAAUCAUCCAAUGAAUGGUUUACUUAUAGAUUAUACACAUCAGCCUUAAACUCUGUUUUACAAGUGUCUUAGUACGUCUGUAGACAUGCCAAUUCCAUUUGUGUUGCUUUGCACUACCUUUAAAGACUAGUAUGAGGGCAGGUGAGUCUGAUGGAAAUGUCUCGUUCCUAAACGAUGAUCUGUUGACAGACUGAACGAGAGGAAGAGACAAAUGUUCAUUCAGUUUGACAAUCUCGCUCAAAGAGAGCAAGGGGCCACAAAAAUAAAUGUUGGUGGUGGGACUAUUUGUUUGUUUGAUAAAUGGCAUAAGGGAGGUUAUAUUAGCUGUUUUGAAAACAAUGUUUAUGGUGCUAGUAGCACAGAAAUUACUUUAAUAAAGAAACUAUAGAUGUGAAUGUACUUGGUACUUUUGGUUUAGACUCACUCAAAACACAAAAGACAGAUUUGUCGCCACCUACUGGCCAAAAAGUGUAAUUGGUAGAAAUAGUCUGUGAACAAAUCUGAACGAAUCUAUUUGGUGAACUGAUUCAAGCGACUUGAUUCGAAGUCUAAAGGAUGGAUCAAAGUUCCUGCCGGAUUUGGAAGAAACAAACUAAUUGGAUAUCUCAUGUGCCGUGUGAACCAAGACUUGAAAGAAACAACACCGGCUCAAAUCUGAGACGUGAUGAUGGUCUGUGUCACAAGAGGGAGCGGUUCAGCUAAACACAGAUCAGUUCACACGGAUUAUCAUUUGUGUUUCAUAAAUGACUGAUUUGGGUAAAAUAAAUGAAAUAUUGCCACUCUCAUGUCUCUAAGGUAAAGCAGAAAUUAGUUU